ACUUCCGGAAAGGAACGGAUGACUUAACCAUGGUUGAAAACUGGAAACCAAUAUGGGUUAGGCUGCUGGAGGGUGGUGGGUGGGAAUUCUCUUGGCCUGUUUUCCUGUGGAUGGUAAUUAUAAAAAGCCCAUCAUCCAUAGAUAGAAGGCAAAGCAAAUAAACAAGGCAUCGAGCAGCUGAAACACUUUCCAUUUUUCCUCCCACUAACCUCUCUAGCCGAUUGAAUGAAUCCAUAACCUUUUGUAGGUUUUUGGCUUGUACCGUUACUUCUUCGCUUCCUGGGUUUUCUAGCUGAUCAUUCAACAGUAUCUGCUGCAAUUUUUACUUUGAUUCUGCAAAGUAGGAAACUUUACAACUCCAGCUGUGUUGUGUGUAAGUUUCUAUCCAUUCCUUUGUUCACUUUCUCGACAGAGCUAAGCUGUUUUCUCUCUAGUUCUUGUUUAAUAUUCUGAAAUGACAUAGGAAAGAUCGUAUCUUUCUGUAUUUAAAAUGGAAAAAAAAACUGGAUCUGGAUAUUAGCUGGACGAAUGUUUUCUGAUUUAGCUAGCUGGGUUUUCCAAAUCCAGGUGACUUCUGUUGAGCUUCCCCAUUUGUGGAGGUUUCUUCUUUUGGUCCAGAUUUUGUAUACUGUCCGAUCUUUUGUCUGUAUCUGUGCCAUCAGAAGCUGAUAAUUGAUGAUGCUAAUUAAGGGAGGACCUGGGUUUCGGAGGGUUUCCUUGAUUUCUGGAAUCUAGGUCGAUCUGUAUUGACCCUAAAUUCAAAAGGGUUGUUCUUCUAAUUUCGGUCUCAGUUAUACCUGACAUUUCAUUAGGCUGAUAGAACUUUUGGUUUUCUGCCAUAGAGUGAUAAUUGAUCCUUUAUGGUCUUCCAUCUCUAUUGAUAGUGGUAGUUUAUUCGAAAAUUGGAUUGAAGUUCUUGAACUUCUAGUCUAGUUUGGAUCAGCAUCCUUUGAUUUCAUUCAAUUUUUGGCUAGUCACUGGGCUUCCAAUGAAUUUUGCCACAAACAAAAGGCAAUUGCUCAGUUUAGUUCAUGGAAUGAUUUCGUAUUUUGAGUUCGUUUGUUGGUUGGAAGCUAGUUUAUUCAUUCAGUAUCUGAUUUCUACCAUGUUUAUGUUCCUUUGUUCAGGUAUCUAGUUGCACAGAUAAGAUCUUGAUCCUCAUUUAACUCCUCAAGUUCAAUUUCGCUAAGAUGGGUCUCUCAACUCUUCCAUCUCCAUCUGAAGGAGUCCUAUGUCUACUCCUUGUAAACACGGCACUGUCGAUCUCUAUUGUCAAAGGAAUCCUCCGUUCAAUCCUUCACAUAGUUGGUAUCCAUCUCCCUCCGUCAUCCCCUCCAUACUCCGAGUUCACGGAAGAACCCACGAUGCACCCUUUUGAGUUCACCACAACUACCUCAGAUGCGUUCAUUGACCAAUUCCGAAGCAGGGCCGCCUCAGAGGGCUACAUCGAGGAGUUCCGCAGCAGGAGUCCACCAACUCGGUUUGACAAGGUAUGCCGGACUGAGCAUGACUGCUCAGUCUGCUUGACACGGUUCAACCCAGAAUCAGAGAUCAACCGUUUGUCCUGUGGGCAUAUUUUCCACAUGGUGUGCCUUGAGAAAUGGUUGGACUACUGGAACAUCACUUGCCCUCUCUGCAGGACCCCAUUGAUGCCCGAAAAAGAUGUUGCACCGUGCUUUUCUUGAAGAAGGUAUAGCGAUUUUAUAGCGAGAGAGAUGCCAUGUACAGCGUGUUAGUGUGUACAUAGAGGGUACUUCUUUAGUUUUGCUGUGAAAUCCAGGGAGCAUAGAUUGGGAGCUUGAAAGAGUACUUGGAAGUUCUUUCGUUGUACAUAUUGUGAGAUAGAGGGAGAGAGGGUUUAUGAUCAUCAUCUAUUGCAGCUACCCAACAAGAGAUCUGGUUUAUACUUGGUUUAUGAAUCCGUAUUCUUUCUGGUUACUUGUUCCCUGCUGAUUGAAUCAUGUGCUUAUGGUUAAUGCAUCAUGGUUUAUAUGCAUGCAGCUUACGUGGUGAGUUUGCAGCUUUUUAUGUCUAACCGGGUCAAUGGUUGUGAUUUCGUGACGAGGUAAAAGAAGACAGACUGCCCCUAUGCUUCUUUUUGUUUUGAAAGCCAAAUCCUAGGUUUAGUAGUGAGACAGUCAAAUGGAGGCUCUUAGGAAUCUGCAGCUUUCCUUGAACUAUCUGAGAGUUCAAUUGAAUGUGUGGAAUAGUGGACCAAUUUCUUCUUGAGGCAAACAUAAUAUUAUCUAAGUUCUGCAGCUUUCUACUAUCUUUCCAACUGAUUAAUUGUUUGACUAAUUUGCAACUGAGAGUCUUCCCUAUUCCCUCUCAUUGCAUAAUCGUGUUUUAUUUUCUCUUGGAGAAAACUUGUGCUGACAUUAAUAGAUCCUCCUUUGAAUUUUUUGGAUAGUGAUUUAAUUAUAUGGUUCAAUUUUUUAAAUAAGGUUCAAACUUUUCCGAACGAAGUUCGAACGGUGGUAGUUGAUGAUUUUUGGUACAAACUAAGUUAAAUUAUGCCUAUUCCUAUGACAAUGUUACGGGAGUUAGAUACUAAAGGUGAAGAUUAUGACUACCGUAUAGAGAAAAGGUAGAACUUUACAAGUGGUGUCAAAUGUUGGUAAUCGCUCCUCCGGUUGCUGGAGUACUUGAUGUAGCUUAUUGGUGCCCUAACAUCCCUCCAAGUAGACCACUUGAUACUGAGAUGACUUGAAGACUUCACAGUGAGCUUGAUGAGCAAUCUCUAUGUCAUGGAGGUGUCUUGCUUGACGACUUGUCCUGGUAACCUACUUGGCGUGCUUAACUUGGGGUCUUGUUGGCUUGAUGAGAUGCGACCGUGAUGGCUACCUAGUUGGGUAUCAUGCUUGAUACAAAUGAAGCUAUCAUGCUUGCCAUGUGGGGGUGUGCAUGUUUGAUACCUUGAGAGACCUUAAUGACCUUGUUCGUUAGAUAUUAUGGGUGGUCGUGUCUACCUCUUUAGAUCAUAUUAUGUUUGAUAUUCCCUUGUGUGAUGUCAUGCUUGAGGGUUGCGGAAAUGAGGUAAGGAUAAUAAUGGAUCAUAGUUCUCCAAAUCCAAAUCUAAUCUAACCCAGCGGGUGCAUCUGCCCCAAAAACCUGGUAAAAUAAUUAUUGAAUUUUGGAAGAGACAACCCAAAUCCAGAAGGUGCUCAUGAGUUCACGAAUUUAACCGCGAAUAAUUCCUCCAAACACGCACAACCUUAUAUUACCAAAACUACUCAACUUAGAUUUUACCGUGUAUGAAAUCGCAUCGGUGGUCCGAUUGAAAUAACCCUCCUCUCAGAGGAUAUAUUGGUAGGUAGUCUUUUGCAAAAUGAAACGAUUGAAUCACAGUUAAAUCAUGAUUUCAACAUAAAAUGUCCUACCGCUGACUUUUUUAGAUGCCCUAUCUUCUAAAAGGAGGUAUGCAUGGUGGGGUGUUGAAGACCACCCUCACAGGUGCUCAACAUGACCCAAAACUCCAUCACAAAGACCCAACUUAAACUAAUUUAAUUAACAUAACUAAAUUGGGCACAAAAAAUUCUUUGAAUUUAAUCAAUGUGAUAUUAAAUAACAUAGUGGUGAACAUGUUUCCAAAGUUAUGAAAUGAAGGUCUCAGGUUAAA